UUUUAACUAUCUAUUGACAAAAGCCCUGAUAUAAUUUUGUUUGUACAUUUCCAAUGUGUAAGGUCACAGGUCAUCACCCAUCAUUCCUUGCGAGCAUUAGGUUUUAACUUUACAUAUUCCACACGUCCAAACUGUAAAACGCCUAAGCAAUGCAGUGUAUAGAAUGCGAAUAAUAUAUGUAUAUUUAGGCGGGAACGGUGUAUGGAAAAUGAUAGAAACCGUCUGAAGGAGUCUCAAUACUAUAAGAGGAUAUACGGUGAAUUUCUUUUUGUGCAAUAUCAUCAGGGACCAAGAUGGCGAAGGGGAUUUUCGUCCUAAUGUGCUGCUGUCUUGGUGCAGUUCAAGUAAUUGCAGAAAAUCAGCGAUAUUUUUAUCCUUAUGGGGAAGGAAAUCGUGAUGAUUAUUUGAGACAGAGCAAUGAUGUUGCCUCGCCAGCCAUUGAACUGAGAUGGGGCAUACCAUUUUACAACGAGAAAUACUGGAAAAUGUUUGUAAACGACAAUGGAGUGCUUUCUUUUGACAAUGAAUACACGAAAUACAAGGAGGCACAGCCAGUAUUCCCCAUAGGGCCAGAUAUGGAGGAAACGACGGAGAGAGAGAGGAUACUAAUAGCUCCGUUUUGGGGAAAUGUUGAUAUGACAACGCGUGGGUAUGUUUACUACAGACAAACCACCGAACAGGAACUCCUGGAUAGAGCUGCAGGGGAAAUACACACGUCAUUCGUGGAAUGGGAUGAUUUUCAGCCUAAAGUCCUCGUCAUAGCGACCUGGCUGGAGGUCGGAUUCUUCGGCAUUGCUGACGGAUUUACUUUGAGGAACUCGUUCCAAUGUAUCAUCGCAAGUGAUGAAUUCGAGACGUUUGCUAUCUUUAUCUACGAUAAUAUAGACUGGACCUCCGGUACAGAGAGUAAUGGAGGUCCAACAACCGGUAUCGGUGGUACACCAGCACAGGUUGGUUUCAACGCUGGUGACGGUUCGAAGUCAUUCUCUCAUCAAUACUCCCGUGACAACACCUUCUUGAAAAACCUCGUCACUGAAUCCAACAUCGAGAUUCCCGGAUUGUGGGUCUAUUACAUAAGUUCGGUGAGCGUCGACAUCGGCGGUUGCACAACGGCUGGUGAGGUGAAGACAUUCCCACGCUUCGACUCUAUGCUUGGCCAUCAGUUCCUUUACAUCCAAGGACCAUGCUUCACCCUCGAAGACGACAUAUGGCUCCAGUUUGGUCCACGGGAAGACCCCAUCGCUCUUACUAACUGUACCUGGAUGAGUUCACAGCGAGCUUGGUGCGUCGUACCUACGUUUUUCCAAGUCGGCCGCAUCGAGACGCGCGUGUCGAACAACGAUGCUAUAACGUUUCCGUACACCGGGAUAUUUGAUAUAGUUGACAUUGGAGAUGUCCCGGCUGGUAUAAAGAGAAUAAAUCCUCAUAGCGAGUCCUGGAUGUUGGCUGACCGUAAGGUAGCAAUAGAAUGGGACCCAAGUUUAAUCAACUACACGCAGAUCAAUAUUGAUUUACUAACGUAUAGUGAAACGGAUGGUGUACCGAGCUGGGAAGAAACUGAGGACAUUGAACAUGAUGCCCCGAAUACUGGACGUUAUGAGUGGAUCCCCGAACCCAUCGGGAGUAUCACACCAGAAAAUGCUGUAGGUGUGAUCAGAAUUACCCGGCGAUACAAAAGAUCCCUCUUUGCUAUUUGGAGCGAUGUUCACUGGCUUGGUUAUAUGAUGAAUGAUAAAUACCAGCGGAAUCCUGGUGCCUACUCUAAUUUACAAUGCGAGAUAUGGAAUGAAAAGAUGGAUAAUGAACCGGUUUGGAAUUAUGAUCAGGAUUUGAACCCAUGUCCGUGCGACCUAAGCCAGGCGCUGGCGGACCGCGCCCGUUUCCGUCCGCUGGAUUUCUGCGAUAUGUCGACAGCGGGUUUCGAUGACAAUGAAGAUUACUGUUUCCUACGGGAGGGCAUCAAGCACUGCGUCAUCAACAUCAUUAACAGCCCUCAGAAUGCUGACUCGGUCUGUUGCUAUGACUAUGAGGAAAAUUUGGUUUAUGCGGGCGAUAGUUUUUCGGGUAGUUUCUCCCACCGCGUGACUGUGAACGGAGUGUCGCCCUACAAUUCCCCCAAGACUGUCCCGGUACUUUCUACUUGGAUAAACGAUAUUAUUCCAUACUACACAUGCUGUGUCUGGGGUGAUCUCUGCGAGUAUUAUCAGUUUCACCGCCCCACCAGGGAUUGCAGAUGGUAUGACGCCCCUAGAAUGGCCGUUGUAUUUGGAGACCCGCACUUUGUGACAUUCGAUGGCGUUGAGUACAGUUUCAAUGGGAAAGGCGAGUGGACGCUCAUGCGAUCCACGACCGGAGCUCAGAACCGGUUUACACUCCAGGGAAGAACCGAACAGAUGCUGGAUUGGCAAGGGAAUAUUGUACAGGCUACGCGUGUCACCUCCGUAGCGAUGAAAGAGGAAGACAGAGAGAACAUUGAGAUUCAACACAGUUCAAAGACUAUUCUUCAGGUUGUGUAUCAAGGACAGUACCUCAAGAUUGACACACAGACCAGGCUUGCUUUAGAUGGUUUCUACCUCUCGUUCCCGAAGAUUUACGAAGGAGGUAACGUGACCCAGGUCAUCAUCACUUUCCAGGAUUCUGAGAUCGGCAUCGUCAUCAACGGCACCGCCGAAGGGAUGUUCAUCCAGGUCGUCAUCCCCGACGAAUUCAAGGGAUACGUUGAGGGGCUGAUGGGUAACUGGGAUGAGGUACCAGACAAUGAUUUGACCUCCAAUGGUGGGACAUCGGUUGACCCGAACGCAACGGCGGAGGUCAUCUACAACCAAUUCGCAAAGUCAUGGGAGAUCAACCCGGUAGAUAGUCUCUUCCUGUACGACCAAGGAAAGAACCACGAUUAUUUCCAGGACAACGACUUCGUACCCGCCUUCAGUCCUCCUGACGGAAACCUUCCUACGUACCUCGACACCCAGGUCAUUGUCGACACGUGCGACGGCAACACGUACUGCAUCUAUGACAUCCAGUCCACCGGUUUUCUUCAACUGGGCAAGGCUACGAAGAAGGCAUACGAUGACUACAAACAAGCGCAGAGGGCGCUGCGUGAUGUGGUGACAUGCCAGUACAUUAGGACACCGAAGAACGGUACCAAGACAUUCCUGAGGGAGAAGAACCACAAAGUCGGGUCCGAGCUCGAGUUCCGGUGCGAUGAUGACUUCAUACCCAUCGGACCCGAGUACCGUGUUUGCCAACCGAGCGGUGAUUGGAGUGGAGGAGCGCAGGAAGAUGACAUCGUCAAUGAAUGUCUAGAGAGUCUAUUAUGUGGGGGACUUGAGACACCAAUACAUGGUUCCAUCUCGGCCGUAGAUGCCGCCCCCGAGCGCAUCGAGAUCUCGUACAGUUGUGACAUCGGUUACGAACGCUACGGGAACCAGUACCGCCAUUGCCGCCAAGAGUUUGAACACUGGAGCGGCUACAAACCCGGCUGCUACCAACAACUCAACCCGCUUGAGUUGGCUAUGGCCAUCGUUGGUGGGGUGGUAGGCGCCGUACUCCUGGUUGCGGCCGCUAUCUUCAUCUUCGUGUGGGCAGCCAGGAAGGAUAGGAAAGAUGACAGACUCAAGAGAGAAAAGGAAAUGUUUUCGGAUAUCGAAAUGAAAACCACGCCUCAGACCCAGUCAGGCUAUCACCGCGGGCCACCACCCGUGGAGAAAUCAGGUCUACAGUAUGGUGCAGGGACCAGUCGUGACCCUUCCCCGUACCGGGCCACUCCCGAUCCCAGUCAGUACCGCCCAGUAGCCCAACACCAGGCCCCCUACCCUCCUGCUGGUGGCCACCCAGCUCACCCACCGGCCAACUACCCACCACCCGCCCCGAUAAAUCUGCAAGCAGAUGUGGAGCAGGAGAACAAGGGUUAUGCAUCCGAGACUUGGGCUUAAACGCGAUGACACCCCAUAGAAGAGGGCGCCCUUUCCUAGAUAAUUGGUCAAAUGUUGAUUUUUGUUUCCCCACUAUGGCCAAAAGUUGGGGAAUAGUCGUUCCAAACAGUGAAUAUUUUCACUGAUUUUUAGAGAGUUAUUAAAUAACGCCAUUCAUUGUCAAAAUCUUGUUUCAUUGGCUUUCUUACAGUUAUCAAGAAGGAUAGCCAAGUGAUGCGGCCUUAUAAAGUAGAACCUUGAAAUUGUAAAUAACGAUGUUUUAAUCGAAACUUGGUACAAGAUAGUAUCCAUCCAUUAGGUCAUGUCUUUCAAAGUGAUUUUUCAAAAGCAAAUUAUAUAUCAAUAGAUGCCUGCCUAAAUUAUGAAAGAGCAAAUCUUCAUACAGCUCGUAUUCAUAGUUGCAAUAGAUUUUGAUAUAUUAUCUCAGAUGGUCGCAAUAGAUGUUAUAAUUAAUCGGUUAAUUGACAAUAAAAAGGUGUUAUGGGUACAUCAUAUUUUCUUUGAAAGUGGAAGUUACGGUUUUUAAAUAGUUGAAAUUGAAAAAAGGGUCUUUUUGCUUGAACAGUAAAAAACAAUGUACAUUAUUUGCUUUUGUUCCAUGCUUCAGACAAUAGUUGAAGAAUUUUCUUGUUGCAUCACUGUUGUUAUAAAUAUUGUCAUCUUUAUCGCGUGUUAUUUAGCCGAAGAAAUACUUACGAAAGGGAUAUUGCGUUUCCUUGCCCUUAUUUAAGAUCAUUUUAAUGACAGAGUCAAUAAUAAUACUAAAAAAAGAUAGAUGUAGCCUUUGUUUUGUUUUUUUUAUGAACAACGCAUAUUGAUUGCAUUAGAAACUUCCCAUGGCUGUUAAAGCCAACAUUUAGAAUCGUCAAAGUUUGAUCGGGUGUAUGAAUGAAGGUGUGUGGUUUUUAAAGUCGGGAAACAAAUAAUUCAAUACAUCGGGAAAAGGAAAUAACAAAGAUCAUAAUCAUUUUGUGCUGCAAUGAAACAUUUUCAUAUCAUAAUUUGCAUAUAUGUGUUAUCAUAAAAAAAAAUUGUUUUUAACUAACUUUUUCAUCAUCUCCCUUGCGCUUUUUUAUAUUUUUUCUCGUUUGACCUUGCAAAUGCAUGAAUGUGCGUUACUUGCUAAAUUGUACAUAUCUUCAUAAUCGAUUAUACAAUAGUUGAUUUUUUUAAUGAAAUGUAUCAGGUGUAUCUAUAAUCAAAAUUCGUGUUACUGUUUAAUCGUUCUUACGUCAAUUGAACCGUAUGCGUAACAGUAGAUGUAUAUACUACAGAAAGAAUAAUUCACCCUGCUUUUAAGAAUACAAAAUAUCCAUAAUUGUGUGAUGAUUAGAGAUUGUAGUAGUUUUAGCUUUUGUAUAAAAAUGAUUUAUUUCAAAUCUACGAUGUGUAGAAAGAAAAUGUAAUUCAAUAUAAAAUUUUGUAGUGUUUUUAGAUGAAUAUAUUCUUAUCAGGAAUAAAAUUAUAACUUAUAAAA